UGACUCUGGGCAGCAUAGUGACUGGGUGCUUAUUUCCAGACUGCAGUACUUCAUGGGGAUGUGCAAGACCACUGGCCUGCUCUGUCUUCAAUCUCAACCAAACACUCCAAAUAGAAAAGGGCGACAAUUGGUCAGAGGUAGGGGUUUCUGAAUUCACCUCUUGACUGGUUUGCACAUCAAGUGAGUGAAAAGUGCUUGGAAGAGUCUGAACUGUGAACUGCUUUUAACAAGUUGUAAGAAGGAAGCAGGUGCAAGGGGCUUGAAGCUCACACUGUGCAACACGACAGAGUCUGUUCCGAGAACUCAGCUUGCUUUCUUAUUCCACGAGCAGGACUCUUUCUGAGGGCUGUCUUGACCACCUGCUUGAUAUGCGAUCAGAUUGGGCAGGUCUCAGAGCUGAAAAACACAAGAUAUCAUAACUACAGGAUACUGCUACUCAGUUUCUUUCAGGAACAAUGAAGGACAGACUCGAAGAAUUGAUAGAGCGUUCAAAAUUUUACCAUCAGCAGGCAGAGGCCGAAGAUGAGGUGGAUUGCGCUCAUGAAGGCUUGGUAUUUGAAUGUGACUUCAUUCUGCAGAUGCUUCAGAAAGAAGUGCAACAAAUCCGAGAAGAAAAUGGGCGCCUGAAAGUGGACAUUAAACGUCUUGGAAAGCAGAACACUCGCUUCCUGACCUCAAUGAGACGUCUCAGCAGCAUAAAACGAGAUUCAAACUCCAUUGCCAAAGACAUAAAGAGCCGGGGAGAGAAGAUCCAGCGGAGGUUGCAGGACCUGAACAAUUACAUCAAUGAGAUUAAGAACACACAUGGGCCUAAUGCUGCCAUUGUUCGUAUCGCCCAGGCACAGCACUUUGUUCUGUUGUCCGCUUUCCAUGAUGCCAUGUUGGAGUACAACAAGGAGGAGAUGAAGCAGCGGGAAAACUGCAAGACUCGGAUCCAGCGGCAGCUGGAGAUCAUGGGAAAAGACAUUUCCAACAACGAGAUGGAGGAGAUGAUAGAGCAGGGGAAGUGGGACGUGUUCUCUGGGAACCUGCUGAGUGAAGUGCGAGGGGCACGGACCGCUCUGUCAGAAAUUGAGCAGCGGCACCGAGAACUGCUGAAGCUGGAGUGUCGAGUCCGUGAGAUCCAUGACUUGUUCCUGCAGAUGGCGCUGUUGGUGGAAGAACAAUCAGAGACCCUCAACAACAUCGAGGUAAAUGUGCAGAAGGUUCAAGAUUAUGUAGGUGAGGCUAAAGUGCAGCUGAAGAAAGCUGUGGAGCACAAGAGGAACAACAUUUGUCGAAAGAUUUUUUGUUGUUGCUGCCCCUGAUGGAACAUGUGCCAGCGCCCAUCUGUGCCUGGUGUCAUUAAGUCAACCCAGCAAAAUACUCUCAUCUCCAAAGAAAUGCUUUCUCAUUGAAUGUUGCAUCAAAAGCCGGAAAUCUAAAUGGGAUUUUGUCCCAUUCUACCAGAGACCACACCAGUUAGAAAGGAAUUGUAUUGCUAAGUUUGCUUUACCUCCUACAGCUGCACAUCAGGGCGCCCACUCUCCCAAAUCAAACACUCCUUCCAAUUGGCAUAUUUCCAAAUCUCCAAAAUUUUUGGUUCAUCAUCUGAAGUUACUCAAAAGCUAGGCUUUUAUCAUAGACCUGCAGUUGUUUGUCUCCAUUCUAGACUGAAACACAGGGAUGCAUCAUGUUGAAAAUCCUCCACCAAUCAAGACGACUGAAGUUUUCUUCCGUACCCAGAACAAGGGGUCAAGGGCCCUUUCCAGUUCAUCCAAGAAGAUGGUGCUAAGGUUUUCCUGUGGUCAGCUUGACCCCUGCUGUUAAUCAGCAGUGCUUUCAACUCCAUAAAGAGUUUUUUCUUCAUAGCUGAGGUUGGGUAAAUUCCAUUAUGUGUUUAGAACAAGGGCUCUUUUGUGCUUCAGGUUUUAGCUCCAAGCAACUCUCAGUUUUUACUUUUCCUACUGAAUCUUUGUUUCCUUAUUUUGGUCAGAGAAAAGUUGGUGUCAGAGGUGAGGGCAGAGAAUAAAGAACAGGUGGAGAGAUUAUAAAUAUCUGUACUAUGUGGCAUUUUCAGCUGAUCACCCCCUCCUUCUAAUCUUCACCUCCAGAGCUGCAGGACACUGAUAGGUGCUGAAAUGAAAGUGCUCACAAACAAUAAGAUUACAGGAAUAUGGUGAUAGAGGGCACAAAUUCAAAUCCCAGCAAUACUAAAUUAUAAAAUUGCAUUGGAUAAAUUUAAAACAAAGAAAUUAAGGUUCUGGAAACCUAAAACCAGAAGAGAGAGAUUGUUAGAAAAACUGAGCAGCAUUUGUGGAGCGAAAGUAAAGUUAACGUUUCGGGUCCAGUGAGUCUCUUUGAGAACAGUGACUCCAGAGUGAUUCAGGCCGACUGGCAAUAGUGAGAGUUCUGGAUGUGGCUGAACGAAUCCCACCUUAAUGUAACAACACAGGCUGCAAAUGUAACCAUCCUCCCAGGCUCCAUAUGUUGAUUGAUUAGCCUGAAACUGUCUGUUUUAAGUCCUUGCUAAUCAACCAAAGGCAAUAGAAAGAAUGUUGAGAGAGAGCAGAUUGGAGACUGCAUUCAUCUCUUUCUCCAUGAUUAAUAGACUGGUCCAUGGGAGUUUACUAAUAGAAGUCAGUUCAACCCUCAUAAACAGUGCCUGAGAUAGAGGGUGAUUUGUUUCCAUUCUGGUAAGAUGCAUUCUGAAAUGCUGAUAAGUCCAAUAUCCAAUCUGCCAACUCUGACACGUUCUCAAAGGGUCAGGUAGAUGGGGGCACAGGUGGCACAGUGGUUAGCACUGCUACCUCACAGCGCCAGGGACCCGGCUUCGAUUCCAGCCUCGGGAGACUGUCUGUGUGGAGUUUGCACAAUCUCCCUGUGUCUGCGUGGGUUUCCUCCAGGUGCUCUGGUUUCCUCCCACAGUCCAAAGAUGUGCAGGCUAGAUGGAUUGGCCAUGCUAAAUUGCCCAUAGUGUUCAGGGAUGUUUAGGUUAGGUGAGUUAAACAUGGGGAAUGGGUCUGCUCUUCAGAGGGGCAGUGUGGACUUGUUGGGCUGAAUGGCCUGUUUCCACACUGCAGGGAUUCUAUGAACUAUGAGUGGCUUGGAGGAUUAUACACUCUCUCUGACACCUCAACUUUGCUUCUGCGUGCUCCCAAUCUCAUAUCUUAAAAUGUUCAGUCCCUUCCUGAGCAAACCUUCUCUGUUUAGGUUGUUCACAAGCCUGGGAUUUUGAAGAGUUGGCGGGGGAUUCCUGCCCUUUUCGGGAACGCUUUGAGGACAUCCUAGGAAAGUUUUUGUUGUCCUCCUGGGGGUCUCCAGCCAUGUGUGAGUGAUUUCUGAGUCAAACAGUUACUUCAGGGAGUUUAGUGUCCGACACACAGCCAACAUGUCCUGCCCAGUGGAGCUGCAUUUGAACGAUUAGUGCCUUGUUGCUGGGCAGGUUGGUUUAGGAGAGGACAAUGCACUUGCCACUGGAUUUGAAGGAUCUUGUGAAGGCAUUGAUGUGGAUUUCCCUAAUACUUCAUUGUGCUUGCUUUAAAAUUUCCAAGUCUCCCACAAUCAUAAGCACCUCACCAUGUUGUAGUAGCUUCAUGCAGGGUCAAUUUUAAAAUUCAACAGGCAAUGGAAGGGAGGUGUUUCUGCUUCUAGUCAGAAUCUUACUCCAGGUCUGUCACUACUGAUCUCACAGCAGUAUAACUUCGGUCUCACUUGAGGCAUUCAUGGCACUAGAGGCUCUGUUUCAGAUUCUAGUUUAAUGUUCAAGGCUGUUCCAAUCAGAAUCAAAACAAACAUUACGUUUCGAAUUGAUCCGUGGUCAAAAGCUGUUUUGUAAAAAAAAAGUUGUAAUUAAUAGGUGUCUGAGAUUGAUGUAGGAAGAGGAGAAGCAUGAUUUUAAUACAUAAAAAAUUAUUCAUGUUCGUGGUAUCUGCAAAAUACAUCUCACCAUCCGCAACAAACCUGAUUUCUUUCUAUGAGUUUGGAUUUCUGAUCCAGAAAAUAUUUUGUUUUCAAUAAAAAAGCAGGAGACAUUCAAUAUCAUUAACUUUCAUUUCUGGACAGGGAGAACAUGAACAUUUUUACACUGUAUUGUAAAUAUUUAUAGAUAUUGCGUUUAUUCAUAAAACUCUGAAUACAAGUCUGAUCCUUAGUUUUUAACUUUAUUGUGUGUAAUCUUCUUUAAACUCUAGCUAAAAAUACAACACCCAGUUGCUUUGAAAUUAAAAUACUUCUUUUAAAGGAGACUAGUUUUUCUACUAAUUCAUGUUGCGAUAUCCCUGCCCCAGUAACUAAGAAUCAUUCAUUUUAGGAAAUUACAAUGAUGAUAUAAGGUUUCUGUUUUGAACAUUACUACCUAGUGAUGUUCAAAACAGAAACUUUAUACCAUCAUUGUAAUUUCCUAAAGUGAAUGAUUCUUAGUUACUGGGCAGGGAUAACUGCAUCACCAAAAUUUAUCUCCGGUCACCAAUUUCCUCUUCAUAAUGUGGUUUUGUUGGAAAUGGGUGCCUAUAAUGACUAAACAGCAAACCCUAGGAAUUUCUCCAUCAAUGUCAUUCUCUUUGAGAAACAUUUGCUUCAAAAACCUGACAUCCCUGAGUAAAGAUGUGAAGCUUGUCUGGAGUAUCUGGAGAGGACAUUACAGCAGGUGGGCUAACAUUAAGCACUAGGAGAGAGUUACUAACCACAGACAUAGUCUGAUCUGUGGACUAUAUUUUUCAUCAAUUCGUUUUGUUUUACUGUUUUCCCAAUGGGAAAGAGGUAGACAGUCCAGGAAAUACUUCUGUUGUGUGACAGUAUGAUAAUUUCUUUUCAUCAGGGUAUUUUUAUUAUGUAAGUGAGCUAAAUUUAUUAAUAAAAUAUUUUUAUUCAAUCCAAA